AUGGAAGCACGAGAAGACGAAGCUGAAGGAGCAGAUAUCCUAAUGGUGAAGCCAGCUCUUCCUUCUCUCGAUAUCAUACGUUUAUUGAAGGAUCAAACUCUGUUACCCAUUGGAGCUUGCCAGGUUUCUGGUGAGUACUCAAUGAUAAAAGCCGCAGGACUUCUGAAGAUGAUCGAUGAGGAAAAAGUUAUUAUGGAGUCAUUGAUAUGCUUACGCCGAGCUGGUGCCGAUCUCAUUCUUACUUACUUUGCUCUUCAAGCUGCUACAAUACUAUGCGGCGAGAAUAAAAAAUUUUCCUUCAACUAG